AUGGCGGAGUCAUCGGAUGAGUGGGAGCUUGAUCCGUCCGAGGGUACCAAAAGGAAAAUUACCCAAGAAAUAGCUGAUGCGAAACGACAAAAGGCUGCUCAACUUGCUCAACGUCCCAAGCGCGUUCCGGUGAUCAACACAGAGAUUAGCACAUGGAAGGCAACAGAAGAGAAGAAGCAGGACAAGAGAAACUCCGGAAAGUUUUGCACCAUUGUAACUUUGAAACUUCAUGUUUGGACAACAAAGACACCAAAAUACCGAGUCGCCUCAGUCUUAGAAUGCGCAACUUUUGAUAUCCAGGAGAUGCAAAGUGAGUACCUGGCGGAGAUUCCUGUGCCAAUGUCUGCUGAGACCCCGCCAGAGCCGACGUUUCUUGAAGACUCCAAGCAAGAGGUGCUUUUGGGAGAUGUCCUGCCCCAGAUCAAGAAGAAGGGGAGCAAAUUUGUUGGCCUUUUGGUGCAGGCAAAGCAUGCCAGCAAGUUUGUGGCUCCACCAGAAGUGCGCAAAUCGUUGGAGAUUCGCUCAAAAUGCUUACGAUUUCUAGAUCCAGGUGACAGUGUGUUGCUGAUCGGGACGGUGGAUGGUAAAUGGAUGAUCCUGGCAGCCCUGAGAUUCUGGGGCAACAUCCGCAUCCCUGAUGACAAGUUCAACGAUUUUCAUCAUUUGCACCGCGCAUCAAAGGAGGAAUACAACGCGUUGAAGAGCAAGUGGGCCAAACAGGAAGACUUUUGUUGGGGUUGGCAGUUUGAGCUUGCUGAUGAGCUGACACAGCCGCUACAUAUUGAAAGUAAGAAAGGGUGCGAGGAUUUGGUGGCCAAGCCAAAGAAUGAGCCAAACUCAGGGUCUUCGGCAGAUGUCUUGAAGCAUUCUAACUCAGGCUCCUCGACCACAAAUUCCAGCCAAGGUGUCAUCGCGCAAGAUGCAGGAAUUGUGGCAGAAGAUCCCACUGAGAACUAUGAUCAGCCCAAUGAAAUGGAUGUAGAUAGUGGAGUUCUUUGCAUUGUCCUUCGGAACAAGGAACUUGAAGCUCUUGUGCAUACAGACGCACAGCAUCUGGUCCGUCCUUUCAAAGCCCUGACAACGCCAUAUGUCGUCCUUGUUCGUGACACAGACUAUGGCUUUAGCUGUGUUGCCCAGCUUCAGGUUUCCAGUGAAGAGAUUUCUGGUAAGAAUGCAGCCAAGAAGGCUUUGGACACAUGUGGCAGUAUGUUGGACAAAGAUCUGAACAAGACAAGGUUGGAUAUGUGGAAAAAGAUCCACCUGUGGAAAGUGGAGCAGCUGGAUCUUUAUGAUGAGCCGUCCAAAGUCAACUUCCCGACCAGCAUUCUUUCCAGGAGAAGUUCUGGUUUCUACCUCCAGCGUUCAUGUUUUGAUACUGCUGUGGCCAAGCACCCGCCCAAUGCCGAUUUGAUGGAAACGGCUAUGCAUUUUGUGGACUUGCUCAGCCCCGAGAACCGAUCUACACUGUCAGAGCUAUUGCGUUCUCUAGAUGGAAAAAACCUUCGCAUUGGCACUACAUGUUCAGGCACCGAUAUUGCUGUGACGGUGGUGAGGAAGACGAUCGCAGCCCUGAAUAUGAUGGAGGUUGUUGAACUGUUGCAGCCUGAAAUCAGCAUCUACGAGAACGUUCGUGGCGCAGCCGAAUACACCAAAGACGAUGAUGGAACCGUGCAGCCGCUCCUGAUUCAGGUCGGCAUGAAGAACUUGUUAGAAGAGCAAGAGCUGGUCAUCUUGGAGGGGAUGACGUUUACGUUGACUGCAACGCUAGCCUGCGGAGAAUGGUCCAUGCUCAGUUUGUCGAUGAAGAAAUUUGAGGAAGAAAAAGCGGCAGGGAAUCCAACGCCGCAUGCGGCCAUCGAUGACAUGAAGGGCGUGUACAGGUGCUGUGCGUACAAAUGGUGCAAAACAAGAGCGCGAGACCAGUGGUCUCUGGUGUGCUCAACGGCACCAGACUUGGCCAGAAAAUACAAGGAACUGCCAAACAUUUUGAGAAAGAUGAUGGGGAAGAAGCUCAAAUUUGCAUGGCGAGAUCCAGGCGUUUCUGAACAGCCCCAGACUUGUACGCUUCCACCGGCAUUUGAAGAGGUCAUGGCUGAGACAAUUGCGACUCAUUUGAAGGUGCUUUAA